CAAGGGAGGCGGCGGCGGAGGAGGAGGAGGAAGCGCAAAGGUCUGGGCUGGAGCCGCUGCCCCCGGCCCCGGUUGAUAUUCGGGGGCGAACAGGUUAAAGGGCCGCUGCGCAGGGGGGCAAGAUUUCGCCCCCUAGUUGGUUCAGUUCGGUUCCCCGGGGCCUGUCCCAGGCGGAGAACACACCCCGGGUGGGGCGGAGCCGGUCCCGGCUGUGCAGGGCGCUGCCUGGCCGAGCCGAGCCGAGCCGAGCCGGGGGUGGUGGCGACGGACCGCGCCGCCCACGGGCACUUUGAGGAAGCGAUUAGCUAACACUUGAGUGUAACGCGCCCCCCCUUUCCAUCAGGGAUCUCCCGGCCCUUCAGCGAUGUCUGUGCCAGCCCCACCUUGCAGACGGGGGAACCGAGGACAAGUUUUUAGCUCAGUGUCUCGUAAAAUCUGGAUUUAUAAAAUUAGUGGCUGAAUUAUGUUUAAAAUAACCGCAAAGAGAAGUUGAAGAAUUCAAAAGUGCUUAAGAAACUGGUGAUGUCCCUGAGAGCUGGUGCUUUAAUAGGAACUCGCUGACUUCGUUUUGGGCAAUGGCUGAACUUUUCUGAGCAACACGUUGGGUCAUUACACAAAGUAAAGCUGUUUCCCCAUGUUUAUCCCCCCCACUGCCCACUGUUCCGCAGACGUUCUUGUCAACUGCUGGAAAUGGCCCACCUUGAUGAUCACUACAAGAGGUUCCCCCCCCUCCCGCUGGUAAUCGCUCACCUUAAGUGAUCACUCUCCUUACAGUGUUUGUGAGAGUGAUUUGUCGCCAAUCGACGAAGAUGCAUUCUUCAAAACCCAGGCUUGUUGUUCCAUAUGGCCUCAAGACUUUACUCGAGGGAGUGAGCAGAGCUGUUCUCAAAACCAGUCCAAGCAAUAUCACUGAGUUUGCAGCUCUCUACUUCAGAGAGCUAAUUGCAUUUAGAGAAGAAAAUCCUAAUUUGGAUAUAACAGACCUGGUUAGAGAAUUUCAUUUCACAAGAGUAGAGGGCUGGACUGAUAGAAUGCCAGAAAAGAGAGCUGACCUUGGAGACAAGUUUAUGCAAGAUAUAAGUGUGGUGUCUCCACUUUCUGAGGAACCAAAACAAAAGGAAAAAUCCACAGACACAGAGGAGGACCAGUUGCACGAAGGCCCUGAACCUGAAUACAGCAGCAAAACUACACAAUACCCAUCGACUCACUGCGAACUUUUAGAAAAUGAACCAUCCCCUACGGGACCUGAACCAUCCCCUAAGGGACCUGAACUUGCCUAUGUCCCAGCUGAUCCUGCACAGCUUGCUGCACAGAUGUUAGGUAACACUGAUUCUGUUCAUUCUAUGAAGGAUGUGGGAACAAGUGUGCAGUCUCUUCCUGAACUGUCUCUGAGCUCAGAGAACACAACAGCUGCACCAGUAGAAGGUGCUGCUGAAGACGCUACACUUACCCCAGCCGCUGAGCGUUCUGCAGAGUCUGUUAGGCUGGAGUCAGCGGUUCAAAGUCAGGCCUCUGUUGUCCUAGGGCCCUCCAGCAGUCAGGCUGAACGAUCAACAAGUGAUGUAGAUCAAGCUUCCUCAAACCCCUUGCAGGAUGAACCACCACCACCUGCUCCUCCACCAUCUCCUCCUCCACCACCACCACCACCACCAUCUCCUCCUAAAGAUCCAUUAGAGGCUGUGCCUUCCCAAAGCGAAAUUGAGGUUACAUCAACCAUUCAGGCUAUGCCAAUACAUACUGACGAUGAGCCUGCUACUGAAGGAGAGGUUCCACCUUACGUAGAGCAGUUCCCGCAGCAAAUAGUAAUUCCCUUUUUAGAACAAGUAGCUUGUCUAAUAGAGAUUCAGCAGCCACUAAUGCCUUCACUAAAUGCAGGUCAGUUUACAUGCACUAAGCUCUUAGAUCCAUCUGCAGAUGAUGCAGAAUGUGACCCUGAAAGAAUGGAAACUACAGCGCAAAUGGCAUCAGCUGAGCAAGGUUUUAUUAUGUCAGCAAUGGCAACAACCGAAGCGGGACAACCACCACCAUAUUCUAAUGUGUGGACUCUCUAUUGUCUAACUGAUUUGAGCCAACAAGGUCGAAAGUCACCACCACCCCUUCCUCCUGCUGGAACUGGUGCUCCUUAUCCCCAAGCAACCCUCUAUAUAUCUAGUGGGAAGGAGCAACAACCGUUCCUACAACAGCAGCUGACACCACAAGGUCCACCACCACAAGUAUCCUCUCCAACUUAUGUGAUGAUGGAAGAAAGCAAGAGGGGAAAUGCACCACCUUUCAUAUUAGUGGGCUCUACAGUUCAGAAUGUACAGGAGUGGAAGUCUAUUCCUGGCCAUGCUGUCCUUACACAGCAUGACACGAGUGCUGUGAGGAGAUUCACUACAGUACCUGUACCAGUUGCCAGGCCAGCAGAUCUGAAAAUGGCCACUCCAAACCCCAAUUCUAAUGUUGCACAAGAAACUGCUAGACCACCAACCCCCGUUUUUCUUUCAGUUGCCAUACCCUUAGACGAGGUAAUGUCCGCAAAGAGGGGUUCAGCAGCUGGUGAUAACCAAGCAGCCAUAAAUCCCUUUGCAGGAAGCUAUGGUAUAGCAGGAGAGAUUACAUUUACUUCUGGCCCGGUCCGCAGAGCAGACUUGUGAGAAGGCUAAGAGGAGAUGAUGUCAUGUGAACAGCCCAGGAUGGAAAUCUGCAUCUUAAAAUAAUAAAUUAACUUAAUACAAGCACUCAAAACUAAUGCAAUCCAUUAGAAUGCCUUUUUUUGCAUUUCUUGAAUGUUGGCAGAAUACAAACAGAUUGUUGAAGAGAAGUAGAUAAUGAAGCUUCCAAGGGGGGAAAACAUCCACCAGCAGCACAGGCAAUGUCAUUUAUAACCCAAAAGAAAAGAAUGCUUCCCCUCAGUGGCAGGGGCAUUUGGUUGUCUGAGGCCCCUGGAGCUGUUUAGCUAAUAGACACGUGCACCAUGUAGUAUUUUGUAAACAUACAUCCAUAAGAAAACCACAGAAUAAACUGAUUUCAAAUUAGUUCCACACAAUCCCUUUCCAGAGUAGAUCAUGCCUUAUACAACAGAUCUGUUCCUGGCAUAGAUUCAGAGUCAAAGCUGUGGACUUAAACUCAUUAAGCAAUGUCCUUAUACUUGGAAUGUCCCAAAACAAAGAAAUUACUGCUGGGGGUGUGGCACUAAUUCAACACUGUUCAUUUAUUAAGUGAGGGAGUCAAUGAGAUUAAAGGUUUAAAAAAAAAUCUCACUAGACAGACAGCAGAUGCAACCCU